UCUGAGCAAACGUUUUAAAAAACAACUUAAAAAUGAAGAAGUUAUCAUAUGGUAUGUAGUUGGUAAAAAAAAGUUUCUUGAAAUAUAUUGAAAAUUGAUCUCAUUUUGUAGAACACAAAGAACUUGUUCCAUCUGUUCAAAAAAAAAUUGAAAUCCGAGUUUGAACGAAGAAGAUAAAAACCAAUUAAGAAAACUAGGGAAAAUAAAAUGUCUUUAAUUGACAACCCUUGGAUCUGAAUUUUCUGAAAACACUAAGGAGUCGUUUGGAGGUUGGGAUUUAAAGUGAGGUAUUUAACCAGUACAUGUAAUCGUAAGAUUAAGUCUUUUUUUUUUGUUCAGUUUGAGUUAGAAAUUUAGAAUGCAUGUAUUACCUUUUUCCUGGGCCCACCUAUAAUCACUCAAAAUGAAUGAUUGUCAAUCUCUACAAAAAGGUGAGAUUGUUAACAAUGGAUUGUCUAGCCCAUUUUUUGCUCAAUCAUUGUCCCUCCAAACAAAGUAUUUUCUUAAUACAUGCAUUGAAUCAUUACAUCAAAUGACAAUACACAAAUUGAUUGAAUACAUCUAUUUGGGCAAAGUAUUUUCUUAAUACAUGCAUAGAAAGUAAAAAAAAAACUCAAAAAUUCAAAAAAAAAAUUUCCUUGAUAGCUGACGUGGCAAGUGAGGUGGACUUUGACUAACGGUCAACCGAGUUGACCGUCUAAUUUGACGGUCAAACCCGCCUUCGAGCCAAAUAAGAAAGUAUGCUACAUAGUAUAGGCCAUAAUAGCAAUUUCCGGUACCACGGGCCAAAGUAGAAAGUUUGUCUAUAGUUCGGGCCAAACUAAGGUAUUAACCCUUUUUUUUUAACAAAACCGAAUUUUGAACAAGAAAAGUUAGUAGUUGAUUGUUCAAUAAUUAAUCUUUACAGAAAUGUCCAUGUGCUAUAAUAUAGAAGACAUAUAUAUGCACGACUUGGAAGUGUAUUUAUCACUAACCAUUGAAAAUUUAAAAUUCAUAUAAUUUAUCACCAAAAUAUCUAAAAAAGCGUUCGAACUAUCUCAAAAAGGAAAUCAAACCCAACAAGGAUGUUGUGAAAUGAAAAAAAUGAAGUCUAAAUAACAUUAUAUUAGUGAUUUAGUUUGGAUGGUUUUAGUUUAGGUUUACAUUUUUCUUAAUUGUCCGUGGUUAAAAUUUAAAAUAUCAAACCAGUCGAGCAAUUAAAUGGGGUGGUUCUUCUUAUUUCAUUUCAAAAAGUUAUAAACAAUUCGAUCCAUCUCUAACCGUCUAAUUAUAUGAAUCGAACCACUAUUUUAACUAGUUUAGUGAUUCUACUAGUUAGUCCAACCGAUUUAUCUAGUUUGGUACUUAUUGCAACGAUAUUACCCUUUUUAAUUAUAAAUGAUGCAAACAUUAUUGUCAUUUUCAUAAAACCUCCCGUAGCGUUUUCUCUAUCAAUAAUCGGCCACCAAAACCCUAACCCCAUUCCACCUACGCGCGGCGGCGACACAAAUCAUGGCGACAGAGAUUAAUCCAGCAGCACCCACCCCCUCCUUUGAAGAAGACAUCCGGCAGGUGAUGAACGAUGCGCUGACCAAAAUAUUCCGGCGCUACGCCGACAUGGAACUCGCGCUCUGGGAGGAGGCGAAGAAACCAUUGAUGGGGGAAGUGGAAACUCUGAAAAAUGAGUUGCUGGAACUGAGGACCGCAAUCAAGAAGGAGAAGGUGAAGCUCGCUAGAGAGUCGUUGAAGAAGACGAUCGCUUCUGCUAACGUCGAACUGCUAGAUGAGUGGAUGAAUCGAAUGGAAAUGAAAUCCCGUAGAAAGGCGGUCGGGAAAAACGGGGUUAGAUAUCUGAGGUUUCUGUUCUGUUUUGUUUGUGUUGCUGUCCUGCUCGUGGUGCUACUGCUGCACUAGCAUUCGGGUGGGCAGGAAAUUUGCUUGAAUGGGAAGAUUUCUUUCGAACAAAGCAACAGGUAAAAUGUAUAUAUUAGAUCUUCCCGAACUUGACUGUUUCAAGACUGGUAGUUGAUUGCUUCAUGACUGCAAUUCUCAACAGGUGAUACUGCCUAGCCUGCAUGUAAUUUUAAUAUGUUAGGGUUGAUGCAGAUGAUGGAAUUGAAUUUUGAAAGACGAUGGUAUAUUCAAUUCUUGCAUUGUAACACCAGCAGUAUGAUUGAAAAAUAGCCUAUUCAGUGGUCUUUAUCUGUAUGAAACACCGUUGAACUCUGGUUGAAGCAUAAAAUUACUCUCUCAUUGAAUUUUCGACUAUAAGUUUCGAUACGAAUUUUAAAUUUUUUAUUGAAACAAAGAGAUGUUUUGACUAGACCUUCUCAAUAUGAAACGAUUGAACUAUGCCUAUAUCAUAGUAAGAAGAAAAUAUGCCAACAUUUUCUUUUACCGUAUAAUAUUAUAUACGGUUUUAUAAUCCUUGAUUAAAACAAAGUCAGGUUUUAGUAAUUGUUCAUCAUUGUACUUAUUUUGGACUCUUUUUUUUUUCGUGUCUAGUUUAGUUUAGAAAAUGUUGUUUUGGGUUGACUUCAUAUAUCAAUAUAGUCAUCUGCAUCUAACUCAACAAUCUAGUGAUCUGCAUCUAAACUCAUCACUGUUCUCUCAGAUUCCUCACCGUUUUGCUAAUUGGCAUAGAGCAGAAGGUGUUUCAAGGUUUGGGAUGCUGGGCUUGAUGAAGGGUGGCUUGAUGUCAGCUUUUAGAACCAAGAGAAGACCCAUGUGUGUUGUUGUGGCGGCUGGCAAGCUUUAGAGGUCAAAUGGAGUACUGGAUUUUGUGAUUUAUGUUGCUCCUUUCUGUUUGGAUCAUUUGCUCAGUAUAAUUGGUGCUUUCAAUCUGUUGGAUAUGUGGAGGUCAGUUGAUUUGUGUAUAUAGAAGCCAUGAUUCUAUUUGUGAAAUGCGCCUUUUUUUGGUAGAUCCGCUGCAAGGUUAUACGGUUGAAGUUAACACGGCAUCAUUUUGCAUUGUUUUGCGAAAUGUGCAUUUUUUGGUUUACCUCUUCUCCUAACCCUAUUUUUGAAUUUUAAAUUGAACUUUGAAUAUUGGUGAUAUAUAAGUGUGUAAGGAUUUUUAAUAAUAUGGAUCAUGUUAUUUUAUGUAAUGUUAUAUAUUAUUACUAAUAUGUUAAAUGGAAUUUUAUAUGAUUUAUAAAUGUAUGAAUAAUGACUUUUUCAUAUAUUCGAGCUAUAGCGGUUGGACCAUUAAUCAUCAACCCACUUUCUUGAUCAGGCUAACAGGCUAAACCGGGUUGACAACCUUAUUAUUAUUGAAAGCCGGAUCAGAAGGUAAUCUGUGCCCUCUACAAACUAGAGAGGGAGCAGGAAAAAAAGAGGACACUGACUUAUCCAAAAGAAAAGACAGAGUAUGUUAGAGGUGGUGUAGAAAUAGAGGUGAACAAAUGUAAUUAUGUUGGUUUUUCCGAGUAGUUAUAUGUAAUUAUAGUUCAUGUCGGCGAGGUUGGCCCGAUUUCUUCCUCAAAUCAUUUCGGAAAGGCAAAAUGCUUUCAUUCGUGAUCGUCAGAUUGUUGAAAAUGUGUUGCUUGGGCACGAGUUGAUGCACUAUUUGAAAAUUAAAAUGCGAGGCAAGAAAGGGUACAUGGCUCUAAAGGUUGACAUGGAAAUACCUAUGAUAGGGUCGAGUGGCCGUUUCUUCUUGCGGUGAUGGAAAAGUUGGGUUUCAACUCUACUUGGUGUGGCUGGAUUCAGGAGUGUUUACGAUCGGCAACCUUUUCGGUUAUGAUGAAUGGCACUCCUUCAGGUUUCUUCUCGGCCUCGCGAGGCCUCCUACAGGGAAAUCCGCUUUCUCCUUUACUCUUUGUCCUGUGUACGGAGGGGUUUGUUUCGCUUCUUCGGAAAGCUAUUGCGGCUAAGAAACUUGGAGGGGUGAAGGUGGCCCCUCGGGCACCGCGAGUCUCGCAUUGGUUCUUUGCAGAUAAUUCAUAUUUGUUCCUCAGGGGCUCGGUCCAGGAAUGUGAAAAUUGAAUUGAGGUUUUAAAUGAGUACGAGGAGUUUAGUGGCCAACGGGUGAAUAUGGCUAAGUCGGUCAUAUGCUUUAGUAAGAACAUUUUCCUGUCGGAUCAGGAGUUCCAUGCCCAGAUUUUUGGUGUUGGGGCGGUGGGUGUUCAGGAUAAAUAUCUAGGUUUACCCUCACUGAUUUCCCAUUCUAAAGUGGCUACUUUCCGUUUCCUGAAAGAGAAGUUACUCAACCGUCUCCGUGGUUGGAAGCAGCGGACUUUGUCGCUGGUAGCAAAGGAAACACGAAUCAGUGGCCUUAACCCUUCUGUUGCACGUCAUGUCAUGCUUUAAACUCUCGUUAUCUCUUUUUUGCUUACUAGAUAGGCAUGUUGCUCGAUUCUAGUGGGAUGCUGAGGCUUGAGUUCAAGUCCUUAAGCCUCAUUUUUUAAGAAAAAUCUUAAAGCCUUCCUAUUGGCUGAUAGUGGAUUAGGUAGUUAAUGGGGGUUAGUAGUUAACAGGUAGUUAAGAGUAAAUAGGUUUAUGCAAAUAUAAUUAAAAUUAAUAUAAUUAACUAAUGAUUCUCUUUCUCUCUCCUCCCAUGAUUUUCUCCAUAACCCUCUCUACAUUAUAAUUAAAAAUAAAUAUAAAAUUAAUUUUAUUUAAUACUUAAUAAAAUCCGAAUUUAAUA